CCGGGGCGGCGCAGGGAAAGCGCGCGGCCUCUUGGUGCGCAAGGAGGGCGCCGUGGCGGCGGUGCGGACUUUCCCGUGGACUGCAAGCGCAACAUGGAAGUGAAAGAUGGAAACGCAGCCCUUCUCAGCAAUUAUGAGGUCUACAAAUUGUUGACUGAUCUGAAGCAGCAAUGCAAAGAGCCCGGGAAGAGCAAGCAGAGUGUUGGCCAGCAGAAUCUGAACACAAUCACGUAUGAAACACUGAAAUACAUAUCAAAGACACCAUGUAAAUUCCAGAGUCCUGAGAUUGUAAGAGAUUUCCUCAUAGCACUGAAAAAUCACAAGCUAACAAAGGCAGAAAAACUGCAACUACUCAACCACAGGCCUGCAACUGCUGUUGAAAUCCAGCUGAUUGUGGAAGAAAGCGAAGAGAGGCUUACAGAAGAGCAAAUUGAAUCCCUUCUCCAGACAGUCACCAGCAUGCUCCCUGGAGACCCGGAACAAGAGCAGGAGCAGCAACCCAUGGUUGUGGAAGAGGAGGGGAGCCAGACAUAGAAGUAUAAAUGACUUGAACUGCAGGAGACGGCCUUCCCCUUUUUCGCAUCAGGAAGAGUUGGCCAAACUCAUCAUUUGCUAUGAGAAUCUGCAGAUUUCCCACUGUUUCCAUGAUGACUAUGCAGUGUUGUUACUAUGUUUUUCAGUUGUUUGUACACCACAGGAGAAUUAUUUACAGUAUAAACUUUUAAAAGGGAAAAAAAAACCACUCUUGUUUUUAUGUUUUGUGUAUUGUAAAUGCAACAUGAGUCGAAGUUCUUCCCAGGGUAAAUGCUACUGUUGACUUCACAAUUUUCAUGCUUCUCUACUGCAAUAUGAAUCUGAGUUCAUCCCAAGGCGGAUGCUACAGUUGGCUUCACAAUAUUCAUGCUUAUCUACCUGGAAAGUUUUACACAUCAAUAGCACAGACAUUGGCAUUAUGGACUUGUUCAUUUAUUAGGAAAGUGCAUUCCAAUUUUCCUGUUGUUACAUAUAAAGUAGCAGAUUGUUAAUAGGUUAACAAUGGCCUAUCCAUUAUGGUUGUACGUCAUAACAGUCACAAAAUGGGUCAGUCACAUGACUGACCCGAUUUUGCAACCUUUGUUAAGCAAAGCACUGUAUUCAUUAAGCAAAUCUAUGAUAAUUAAGUGAAUCAAUGGUUGUUAAACAAACCAAUGGUUCACUAUGGGCGUGGCUUUGCCAAAAACUAGAAGUGCCAAUUUUGGGCAAAUAUAAAACUGGUUUUCAUAUGACCACAGGAUGCUGCAAAUGGCCAUGAAUACAGCCAUAUUGCCAAAGUUGUCAUGCAAUCACAGAGGGGGCUCAACCAUUGGAACUUUGAAUUUGGGUUGUUAAGUCCCCUUUUCAGGUUGGUCAUAAUUUCGAAUGGUUGCUUAGCAACCUGUCAUAAGUCAUGGAUUGCCCGUAUGUUUUUCUUUCCUUUGUUUCUCAGCUGAGGCCUUCACUCUUCAUUGGGUCAACUCACAAUUAGUUCUUAGCCAUAACAUGUCCACUAUCUUUUUGGCAGAUGUAAACCAAGGUCUGGGAUCAGUUUGUUAGGCAAACAUAGCCAAUUGCUAAGGAAACCUAAAUGCAUAUUGUUUAGUCAGUGCCCCUCUGUCUUCCUCCCUCACUUUCAUUGUUCUACCUCCAAACAUCUGUCUAAUAGUCUUGUAUCUUCCCAAUAUUUGGGAGACUGAAAGAAUCCAGUAAUCAAUGGCAAGAAGGAAUUGUAGUCCAAAACAUCUGGAGAACGCCAAGUAGAUUUGCCGUGUUCUGUUUCUGGGUGUCUUGGGCACCUUCCUCCUUAGAUUUUCCAAAUUCUGGAUUCCUUGCUUGCUUGGACAUACCAACAAGUCUAAAGAACAAGAGACCUACUUUAUACUCCAUUACUUUAUGCACAUAUAAAUAAAAUGGGAGUGUCUGGCCAACCUUUCCAAUGCAGUGCUGACUAUUUACUUAAAUCCUCUGUAUUACUGGUAGAAUACAUAUCAAUUUUUGGAACAUGUGUUUCAGGUUUGUGAAAUGUAUAUAAAGAAAGAAACACAUAGGAAAAAUAAGCAGUACUUAUUUAGCACCCAAAAGCAAUACUUUCAGGUGCUAAAACUCCUUAACAGGAAACUGGGUGGUGAAUGAUUACAGCUGCAGACAAGCAAGUCUCUAAAAUAACUCAAUCCUUGUUCAAAGCUCCUAUUUGCUCUUCUGUAGAUGUGCCAGAAAAUGAAGAGAUUUGUACAUAAGAGGUUCUGUCCUUGCUUCCUGUUCUGUUAGCUUGGAAACAUGCAUAUGGAGAAGAGUGUCCUUCACCAGGUCAGGGCUUCAAAUCCACAGAGACUGCAUGGUUUGUUAAUACAUUUAAAUUGGGCAGAUUCAAACAACACAUGCACAAUGACUUGAUUGAUAGAUCUUGCUAAGUGGUUGUGGGAGAAUACAUGAGUCCACUUCUAACCACAGUAGCCAGAAGUAAGUGGUGGGGUUGACCAUUUAAGUCAAAACAAAGGAAAACGUAAAUCCUGAUUUAAGAGUAUCCAUUUGGGUGGGGGCAGUGGUGGGUUCCUCCCGGUUUGGCCCGGUUCUGCUGAGCCGGUAGCGGUGACGAUAUGAUGUCACUGAACCGGUUCUGCCCCACCCCACCCCCUGCGUUAUUCUUACCUUUUAUUUGGCCCCACCCCAAUCUAUUGCUGCCUCCUGAGUCCCAGUUGAUGGCUAGAGGGAAAAAAACUGUUUAAACUCUUUCUGUGGGGCUUCAAAGUGCCGCCCUACAGCUGAUCAGUGUUAAAACAAAUGAGUAGACUGGUGCCUGCAAAAAAUAAAUGGGUAGACCAGUGCCUGCAAAAAUACAUGAGUAGGUCAGUGCCUGCAAAAAUAAAUGGGUAGAUCGGUACAGCCUGGUAGACCAGUACCUCUGCUAAAUCCUAAAUAAUUGUCACAUGACCAUCAAGCCACGCCCACAAAAUAAGCCACGCCCACAGAACAGGUAGUAAAAAAUUUUAGAACCCACCCCUGGGUGGGGGGUUGUUUAAAAAGUCAAAAGAGGACAGCCAAGAUUGUAUGUUUUGAAGCUGUGCCCCUUGCACACUUGUAAGUCUAUGGUGGCUCCCCAUAAAUCAGAAGUCUGAUAACUUUUCUGACAAUUUUUAUUAAGAGACACAAAUAGUUCUUGGCUUAUGACCACAACUGGGAUCAGAAUUUCCAUUUCCAAGCAAGUGAGUUGAGUCCAAUUUUGCCAUGAUCGAUAAGUGAAUCACUGCAAUUGUUAGUCAAAUCAUGCAAUCGUUAAGUGAAUCCAUUUUCCCCAUUGAGUUUGCUUGUUGGAAACCAGCUGGGAAGAUCACAAAUGGCGAUCACGUGAUCCUGGCUACACUCCAACCAUCAUAAAUACAUUUUGGUCCUCAAAUGCCCAAAUUUUGAUCACAUGACCAGAGGGAAUUCUGCAAAGGAUGUAAGUACAAACACUAGUUGUAAGUCACUUUUUUCAGCGCCACUAUAACUUCAAACAAUUGCUAAAUGAAUGAUUGUAAGUCAAAGACCACCUAUAUAUCAGGGAUGAAAUCCAGCAGGUUCUGACAGGUUUUGGAGAACCGGUAGUGGAAAUUUUGAGUAGUUCGGAGUACCAGCAAAUACCACCUCUGGCUGGCCCCAGAGUGGGACCAGAGUGGGAAUGGAUAUUUUGCAAUAUCCUUCCCACAGGAGUGGGGAGGGAAUGGGGAUUUUGCAGUAUCCUUCCCCUCCCAUGCCUACCAAGCCACGCCCACCAAGCCACACCACGCCCACCAAGCCAUGCCCACAGAACUGGUAAUAAAAAAAAUUUGGAUUUCACCACUGCUAUAUACUUAAGCUGUAGCUCACAAAAGGUUAUACCUUUUAAUACAAAUCAGUUAGUUAGAAAAGUUGCUAUGUGGGCUCCUGAGUUUUUUUGUCAUUGUGGCUUCUAAGAUACUUUACCAACUCAACCAGUUAAGGUUAAGUCAAUAACAUAUACACAUUGCAUUUAUAAAUUAGAUUGAUAUUCUCACUGAAUUAUUACUUCCUCUUGUUCACAAACUUGUCGGGAAAAAUUGAAGAAGGAAGUAUACAUUGUCUUGAGCUCCUGAAAGAAAGAUGGGAUAUAAGCAAGCAAAUUAUUGUACAAAAAUCCUACUGAUAUAAUUAGUAUUUGUGAGAUAGGCUGGGCUUGAAAUAAUUAUUGGCCUAAAAUCAUUCUGAGUUUCCAUAGCUAAAGAUGGAUUUUUCCAGUAUAAUGACCACUAUACUAUAUUGGCUUUUUUAAAGCUAUACUCAUUUAACAUCUGUGAACCAACUCAUUUGUUUUUAAGAUUCUUGGCUGAAAGCCUUAUAUUUCAAACAGGUUUUUCCCUACACAAAAAGCCCGCCUCUAUCAAAUAGACAUCCAUUCUCAUGACUAAUGGCUUUAACAUCGGUAUACCUCUUUGAGUUCAGAUUGGCAAAAUUCUUUACAUCUUUAGGGAUGGCAUUUCUGUUCCCUCACUACAAACAUCUGAAAAACUAUUUGACUCUUAGCAAUAAUCUCUGUUAGAUGAUUAAUCUCCUAUUUGGUUUCUUUUCUUUCUCUUUGUUCAUACUUUAUUCUUCAUAAACCAAUAAUAAGCUUUUUGGAUGUACUUCAAUGGUUUUAAAUGUUAAUAUACCAUUUAAUUGUGGCAAGUUCUUGUCAAUUAAACUUAAUCAUUAUAUUUUGUAUACAACUAGGAUACCAAAUGUUAAGCUUAAGAACUUGGAAGUGAUUAACUGCUAAGCCACAUGGAUUUUACUUAGAAAUUUGUCAUCGUAUUCAUUGAAACUUCUGCCAAGUCAAUAUUUUAUUGCACCAUUUGAUAUUUAUUUGGGGCAAAAAAAUUAUUCAAAGCUUUCAGAGCAUAGCACAGCACAUAAUAGAGUAAUCUAAACAGUAUGGGGAAAAAAUAGCAUACAAUAUAUACUCAUGGAUAAGUCCAUCCACAGAUAAGCCAAUCUUCAAAUUGCCAUGAAAAAAUGUGCCAUGUGCAGAUAAGCCAGUUAUGAAGAUUAAAAUGUAUAAAAUUUUUCAGGGUCAGCUUAUUUACGGAUAGGCUUAUCCAGGAGAAUAUUCAGAUACUUUUAAAAAUAUGAUUAUAUUCACAGAAACCUCACAAUUGAUCUACAUAGAAACCACUUUUGGAAUUUUUACUCAAUAAAGAGAAAAAUGAAAUUUUGAUAUUGGGAUUUGGUAUCUUUUGAUUAUGGAGAUAUGUAUUUGUUUAAUUUGAAAGCAGAGAAUGUUCAAUUAUAGAUUUUUUAUUAUAGAAAUAUCUAGCAAUAUAUAUAUUUUUAGAGUUGAUAAUAUGCAUUUAUGGGUUAUAUAUUUUAUC